UCUUAUCAUUGCUGAAAACUGGAGUGAAAAAGAACAGAAGACCUGAGGUCUGAAGAAGCAGACUGACUACUGCUCCCAAGAGGAGUGUUUUGACCUCUUCCAGAUCUGGCACAACCCAGAAGCUCGAUCAAUCGCCUCCAUAGCUAACCUCAAGCUUAAGCUCGGGAAUCCAAUAUAUAUCAAGCCCAGAAAGAAGAAGAAACUGUCCCCAUGAGCAUCAAGAGCUGGAAUAGGCUCUGGGACAAAUGGGAUUUGAGGGGAGUCAUCAUCUUGUCUCUAGCGCUUCAAGCCCUUCUCAUCCUCUCCGCUCCCCUUCGGAAACGGACCAACCGCGGCUUCGUCCUCUUUCCCCUCUGGCUCGCCUACCUGCUGGCCGACACUGUCGCCAUCUUCGCCAUCGGCCUCAUCUCCAAGAGCCGCCUAUGCCCGACGGUAGACCUCUCCGUCGACAACGAGAACCUUCUCACAUUCUGGGCGCCGUUUCUGCUGGUCCACCUCGGAGGCCCCGACACCAUCACCGCCUUCGCGCUCGAAGACAACCAGCUCUGGCUCCGGCACCUCCUCCAGCUCCUCUCCCAGUCCGUCACCGCCGCCUACGUCUUCUUCCUCUCGCUCUCGAAUAGCGAUCUCUGGCUCCCCACCUUGCUGAUGUUCGUCGCCGGGCUCAUCAAGUACUCGGAGCGGACCCGUUCUCUGUACCUCGCGAGCAGCAGGAGAUUCCGGGAGAGCUUGCUCACGGAGCCGGAUCCUGGCCCCAACUACGCCAAGCUCAUGGACGAAUAUUUCUCCAAGAAAAGCGCCAAUCUCCCGACAUAUAUAAAGUUUACCGGAGAGCCGGUUAGCAAGCCCAAAACCGCCGAUCAGCCGGACACAAAGGCUCUAGAAGAUAUUGACGUGAUCAAGAAUGCUCAUCGGUUCUUCGAAACCUUCAAGGGGCUCAUUGCCGACUUGAUCUUCAGCUUCCGUGAGCGGAACCAGAGCCGAGAGUUCUUCCUCAACAGGAACCCCAAGAAUGCCUUCAAGGUCGUAGAGGUAGAGCUUAAUUUCUUCUAUGAAAUCCUUUACUCUAAGAUUUUGGUGAUCCAAGGCAGGAUUGGAUACUGUCUACGGUUUAUCUCGUUCAGUUCGUUUGUGGCGUCCUUUGUGGUGUUUGAUUCGAAGGAGAAGAAGAAGCUUCAUCCAACUGAUAUUAGAAUCACCUAUGCAUUGUUUAUAGGUGGCAUUGCUCUUGACAUUUUAGCCUUUUUGAUGUUGAUUUUGUCUGAUUGGACUGCCAUUGCGCUCACCAAAUCGAAGGAUCCAUCUUUGAUCAUCAAAUUUCUCCAGAAACUCCUCUGUGUGAAGAGGCAAAGAUGGGUUGAAAACACUUCGGAGCCUUAUCCUUUUCGUUUGAAGUUGGUUUUGCCUCUGCUACGCCGGAGAUGGUCUGAAUGCAUCUCUCAGUACAACUUGAUCGAUUACUGUCUUCGCCCCCGUUCCAAAAAUAAGGAAAAAUUCAUUGACUUACUCGGGCUCACCAACAUUCUCGAUGAGCUGAAGUAUGUGGGCAGGGAGAGAUUCCACGCCCGGUUAAGAAACUUCAUCUUUAAUGAGCUGAGAUUGAAGUCUGAGAUGGCAGAAGAUUUAGAGACUGCCAAGGAGAUAUGUUUGGCCAGAGGUGACUGGGUUCUCCGCACUGAAGGCUGCAGUGAAUUGCUUCCAUACGUUCUUGAGGUUAAUUAUGAUGAGAGCCUGAUACUAUGGCACAUUGCUACUGAGCUAUUGUAUAGCACCGACAAAGCUGAGCAUGAGAAUGAGAGUCGCAAAAACGCGAAGCUCUUGUCCGAUUACAUGUUGUAUCUUCUGAUUAUGCAGCAAACUAUGUUGUCUCCAGUAGCCGGUAUUGGGGAAAUAAGAUUCAGGGAUACCUGUGCUGAGGCCAAGAUAUUCUUCCAACGAAGAAAAAUUGGGGAGAAAGAACGCGAUAAGGGACGGAAAGAGAGCUCGGUUAAUCCAAGAUCUUGCGCCAACAUCUUUCGCUGCUUUAAUAAAUGUUGUUGCGAAGAGAAGGGACUCGAUGAACACGAAAGAGCCUGCAAGACUAUCCUUGACGUUAAGACAGAAGCUAAACCGAUUCAAGUGAAGGGAGAUAGAAGCAAAUCGGUGUUGUUUGAUGGAAGCAUAUUGGCCAAGGAGCUGAUGAAAUUAGGAGAGAAAGAGGGAGACAAAAGAGACAAAUGGAAGAUAAUAAGCAAAGUGUGGGUUGAAUUGCUGUCUUAUGGGGCUUGUAAUUGUCGACCCACUGCUCAUGCCGCGCAGCUUAGUAAAGGCGGGCAGCUCAUCACUCAUGUGUGGCUGUUGAUGGCUCAUUUAGGCCUAGGAGAGCAGUUUCAGAUCAAUGAAGGCCAUGCCAGGGCAAAACUAAUUGUGGAAAAGUAGGGAUCUAUGGCUGGACUUUCUCUACAGAUGGGAAUUUCUUUUUAGGGAAAUUAUCUAAUCCUUUUUCGUUGUCUUGUUUCAAUGUACUGCGUGGAUGUAUUGUCAUGUCUAAAUCUGAGUCCGUCUUGGUUAA